CCCGGCCUUCCUUUCCCCUCGCUCCUCCUCUCCGCCUCCACUUGCUCCGGCCUCCUCGCUCCGGCCUCAGUUCUCCCGGCCAGGGAAGUUUCUUCGCUCUCCCCUCAGUGCAGCUUCCAUCGCUCUCCCUCGCAACCGGGAUCCCGGCCGCUCCUGCUGUCCCCUCCCUGCCCUUGGCUUCUGGCCCCGCUCAGCCCUCUGCAGCCCUCUCCCGGGCUCCCAACACUCGAUCCCCUGCUCGGGCUCCACCCCCGAUCUCCGAGGGUCGUGCGGCCCCGGAUGCCCGGGCCCCGAGGGGCUGCCCGCGGCCUGGCCCCUGCGAUGCGCCAGGCGGGGGCAUCGGGGCUGCUGGCGCUACUGCUGCUGGCGCUGCUGGGCCCCGGCGGCGGGGCGGAGGGGGGGCCGGCCGGCGAGCGGGGCACAGGCGGGGGCGGGGCGCUGGCCCGCGAACGCUUCAAGGUGGUCUUUGCGCCGGUGAUCUGCAAGCGGACCUGUCUGAAGGGCCAGUGUCGGGACAGCUGUCAGCAGGGCUCCAAUAUGACGCUCAUCGGAGAGAACGGCCACAGCACCGACACGCUCACCGGUUCUGGCUUCCGCGUGGUGGUGUGCCCUCUACCCUGCAUGAACGGUGGCCAGUGCUCCUCCCGAAACCAGUGCCUGUGUCCCCCGGAUUUCACGGGGCGCUUCUGCCAGGUGCCUGCCGCAGGAACUGGAGCCGGCACCGGCAGUUCAGGCCCCGGACUGGCCCGGACCGGAGCCAUGUCCACAGGCCCGCUGCCGCCCCUUGCCCCAGAAGGAGAGUCUGUGGCUAGCAAACACGCCAUUUAUGCAGUGCAGGUGAUCGCAGAUCCUCCCGGGCCGGGGGAGGGUCCUCCUGCACAACAUGCAGCCUUCUUGGUGCCCCUGGGGCCAGGACAAAUCUCGGCAGAAGUGCAGGCUCCGCCCCCUGUGGUGAACGUGCGUGUCCAUCACCCUCCUGAAGCUUCCGUUCAGGUGCACCGCAUCGAGGGGCCGAAUGCUGAAGGUCCAGCCUCCUCCCAGCACCUGCUGCCGCAUCCCAAGCCCCCGCACCCGAGGCCACCCACCCAAAAACCACUGGGCCGCUGCUUCCAGGACACACUGCCCAAGCAGCCUUGUGGCAGCAACCCUUUGCCCGGCCUCACCAAGCAGGAAGAUUGCUGCGGUAGCAUCGGUACUGCCUGGGGACAAAGCAAGUGUCACAAGUGCCCACAGCUUCAGUAUACAGGGGUGCAGAAGCCAGGACCUGUACGCGGGGAGGUGGGUGCUGACUGCCCCCAGGGCUACAAGAGGCUCAACAGCACCCACUGCCAGGACAUCAACGAAUGUGUGAUGCCCGGCAUGUGUCGCCAUGGUGACUGUCUCAACAAUCCUGGCUCUUACCGCUGUGUCUGCCCGCCUGGUCAUAGCCUGGGUCCCUCGCGCACACAGUGCAUUGCCGACAAACCAGAGGAGAAGAGCCUGUGUUUCCGCCUCGUGAGCACUGAGCAUCAGUGCCAGCACCCACUGACCACCCGCCUCACACGCCAGCUCUGCUGCUGCAGUGUGGGUAAAGCCUGGGGCGCCCGGUGCCAGCGCUGCCCAGCAGAUGGUACAGCAGCCUUCAAGGAGAUCUGCCCGGCUGGGAAAGGGUACCAUAUCCUCACCUCCCACCAGACCCUCACCAUCCAGGGUGAAAGUGACUUCUCCCUCUUCCUGCACCCUGAUGGGCCACCCAAACCCCAGCAGCUUCCUGAAAGCCCCAGCCGAGCACCAGCACUCGAGGACACAGAGGAAGAGAGAGGAGUGACCUUGGACCCACCAGUGAGCGAGGAGCGAUCGGUGCAACAGAGCCACCCCACUACCACCACCUCACCUGCCCGGCCUUACCCAGAGCUGAUCUCUCGCCCCUCCCCACCUACCUUCCACCGAUUCCUGCCAGACUUGCCCCCAUCCCGAAGUGCGGUGGAGAUCGCCCCCACUCAGGUCACAGAGACCGAUGAGUGCCGACUGAACCAGAACAUCUGUGGCCAUGGACAGUGUGUGCCUGGCCCCUCGGAUUACUCCUGCCACUGCAAUCCGGGCUACCGGUCACAUCCACAGCACCGAUACUGUGUUGAUGUGAACGAGUGUGAGGCAGAGCCCUGCGGUCCCGGGAGAGGCAUCUGCAUGAACACUGGUGGCUCCUAUAAUUGUCACUGCAACCGAGGCUACCGCCUCCACGUGGGUGCAGGGGGCCGUUCGUGCGUGGACCUGAACGAGUGCGCCAAGCCUCAUCUGUGUGGUGACGGUGGCUUCUGCAUCAACUUCCCUGGUCACUACAAAUGCAACUGCUAUCCUGGCUACCGGCUCAAGACCUCGCGACCACCCGUUUGCGAAGACAUCGACGAAUGUCGCGACCCUAGCACCUGCCCUGAUGGCAAAUGUGAAAACAAACCUGGCAGCUUCAAGUGCAUCGCCUGCCAGCCUGGCUAUCGCAGCCAGGGGGGCGGGGCCUGUCGUGAUAUCAACGAAUGCUCCGAGGGGAGCCCCUGCUCUCCUGGAUGGUGUGAGAACCUUCCGGGCUCAUACCGUUGCACGUGUGCCCAGGGAUACGAGCCCGCACCGGAUGGCCUCAGUUGCAUAGACGUGGAUGAGUGUGAGGCCGGGAACAUAUGCCACGAUGGCAUCUGCACGAACACACCAGGCUCCUUCCAGUGUCAGUGCCUCUCUGGCUAUCAUCUGUCAAGGGACCGGAGCCAUUGUGAGGACAUUGAUGAAUGUGACUUCCCCGCGGCCUGCAUUGGGGGUGACUGCAUCAAUACCAAUGGUUCCUACCGAUGUCUUUGUCCCCAAGGCCAUCGGCUGGUGGGAGGCAGGAAGUGCCAAGAUAUAGAUGAGUGCAGCCAGGACCCAGGCCUGUGCCUGCCCCACGGGGCCUGCGAGAAUCUCCAAGGCUCCUAUGUCUGUGUCUGCGAUGAGGGUUUCACACUCACCCAGGACCAGCAUGGGUGUGAGGAGGUGGAGCAGCCCCACCACAAGAAGGAGUGCUACCUUAACUUUGAUGACACAGUGUUCUGUGACAGUGUAUUGGCUACCAAUGUCACCCAGCAGGAGUGUUGUUGCUCUCUGGGGGCCGGCUGGGGAGACCAUUGUGAAAUCUAUCCCUGUCCAGUCUACAGCUCAGCUGAAUUUCACAGCUUGUGUCCUGAUGGGAAGGGCUACACUCAAGACAACAACAUUGUGAACUAUGGCAUUCCAGCCCACCGUGACAUCGACGAAUGCAUAUUGUUUGGGGCAGAGAUCUGCAAGGAGGGCAAGUGCGUGAAUACGCAGCCCGGCUACGAGUGCUACUGCAAGCAGGGCUUCUACUACGACGGCAACCUGCUGGAGUGCGUGGAUGUGGAUGAGUGCUUGGAUGAGUCCAACUGCAGGAACGGAGUGUGUGAGAACACACGCGGAGGCUACCGCUGCGCCUGCACACCGCCCGCAGAGUACAGCCCCGCGCAGCGCCAGUGUCUGAGCCCGGAGGAGAUGGACAUGGAUGAGUGCCAGGAUCCGGCUGCUUGCCGCCCUGGCCGCUGCGUCAACCUCCCGGGCUCCUACCGCUGCGAGUGUCACCCGCCCUGGGUGCCCGGGUCCUCCGGCCGCGACUGCCAGCUCCCCGAGAGCCAGGCGGAGCAUGGCCCAGAGCGACGAGAAGUGUGCUGGGGCCAGCGCGGAGAGGACGGCAUGUGUAUGGGGCCCCUGGCGGGACCUGCCCUCACUUUCGACGACUGUUGCUGCCGCCAGGGCCGUGGCUGGGGUACCCAGUGCAGACCGUGCCCGCCACGUGGCACUGGGUCCCAGUGCCCGACUUCACAGAGUGAGAGCAAUUCUUUCUGGGAUACAAGUCCCCUGCUACUGGGGAAGUCUCCACGAGAUGAGGACAGCUCGGAAGAGGAUUCAGAUGAGUGCCGCUGUGUGAGUGGCCGCUGUGUGCCACGGCCAGGAGGGGCAGUAUGUGAAUGUCCUGGGGGCUUUCAGCUGGACGCCUCCCGUGCCCGCUGCGUGGACAUUGAUGAGUGCCGAGAGCUGAACCAGCGCGGGCUGCUGUGCAAGAGUGAGCGGUGUGUGAACACCAGUGGCUCCUUCCGCUGUGUCUGCAAAGCUGGCUUCACCCGCAGCCGCCCUCACGGCGCCUGUGUGCCUCAGCGGCGCCGCUGAUGCAGUCUUAGCCCACACCUCAGUGAUCAUCCGUCGAGGGUACUCUCCGCUGAAAGUGGAGACAACAACAUCCUUUGCUUCUGACCAAAUGAGAGCACGGACCCAAGGAUCCUUCUGGGCCCACAGAGCUCCUGCCCACACCCCAAAACCAAGGGUGCUCCUGUCUGCAGAGUGCUGUCUGCUUUCCUCCCUGAGGAUGAUUUCUAGAAACUUCCAAGUCAGAUCUGCCCCUUUAAUUUACUCUUGGCUUUCAAGGCAAAUUGAUAUUCACAUCCAAAGCUGGUUGGGACGGCAGCACCAAGACCUACUGCUUGGGCGGGUUAGGCUGAGCUGGAACCCAGGAUGUGAAAUAGAAUUUAUUGUGGCUCUGAUUAUGUACACUAGAUGUGCCUGACCUGCUGACCAGGCUGACAUGGUUUGUACAAUAAAUACAUCCUCCGGG